CGACAGGUGGAUUGGCGCUGUAUCUGCAGUGAUGUGGACGUCGUACCUGUCUGCCGUGGUGGAGAGAGCUGAGCCAGAAGGCGAAGCUCUCGAUUUACCAGUGGUUCUGAAUCCCAGAAAGCGAAUAAGGAAGUGAAAGCACAAGCAGUUACAUAAAAGUCACAACCUACUUAUUUCUUUCCAAAUACCACAACCAGCUACAUCAGCAUAAAGAGAAAGGAGUUCCCCAUCACUAGCAAUGGAUAACUCCUCCAGUGCAAUCUCUGAUUACUCUGACAGUGACUAUGAAGACGAAGUCUGUAACAAAGACAAGGUGGUCAAAUUUGGAUCCAUUGCUGUUCCAGUUUUCUUCUCCAUCAUUAUCACUCUGAGUCUGACAGGAAACAUCCUUGUGCUCGUCAUCCUGGCUUUUUACGAAAACCUGAAAUCUCUAACCAACAUCUUCAUCCUCAACCUGGCUGUCUCUGACCUUGUCUUCACCACUGGACUCCCCUUCUGGGCCAUCUACCACAUCUGGGGAUGGAUGUUUUCAGAGAUUCUCUGCAAAAUCGUGACCUUUGUUUUUUUCAUUGGAUUUUACAGCAGCAUCCUCUUCCUGACCAUCAUGACAGUCUACAGGUACUUAGCUGUGGUCCACCCUCUCUCUGACAUGGCUACUGUGACACUUUGUGCUGGGGUUUUAGUGUCUGUGCUAAUGUGGAUAAUCAGCAUCGGAGCAGCCUUGCCCUCCCUGCUCUUCACCUCUCUCAUCAAAAUCCCUAACAGCGAUGAAGAGUCCUGGGGCUGUGAAUACAAUGAUUCUCUGUGGAAAAGUGUCGGAAUGGGCCAGCAGGUUGUUUUCUUCUUGGUUGCUUUUGCAAUAAUGGCUUUCUGCUACAUUCAAAUACUAAUAAAGAUCACAAGAACCAGGUCCCACACCAGGAACAGAGCAGUCAGGUUGGUCUUCUGCAUCGUAACGGUGUUUUUUGUUGGCUGGGUGCCCUACAACGUGGUGAUCUUUUUGAGAAUUCUGACUCGACAUGAUGUUUUACCGUCUGAUGACUGUGAAAUGAGCAUCCAGCUCGACUACGCAUUCUCUGUUUGCCGGUUUGUUGCUUUCUCCCACUGCUGCUUGAAUCCUGUAUUUUAUGCAUUUGUUGGUGUGAAGUUCAGGAACCACUUAAAGACAAUUCUGCACAAAUUGCUCAAAAAACCAAAUCUAGCAACAGGACAACAACUCCAAAUGCAAAACGUGGCCUCACGUGGAUCAAUGUACUAGAGAGAGAAUGCUUUUUUUUAUUUCUUACACUGUAUAAACUAUUUGUUGUGCUCCAUUGCUCACCUUUUGUUAUUCUGUAAAACUCAUAUAACUUUUAAAGAAUAUAAGAAGAAAACUUUUAAACCUUUUUUGUAAGAAAGUCUCACACGUAUCAAUAGCCUAAAAAUUUAGAACGAUUGUAGCAAUGUUUGCUCUGCAGGUCUGCAGAUAUUUACUCAUAUAGGAUAGCUUGCCAAACUAUUGGAUCAAUGUAAUGAAUGUUAAUAUUUUGUUGUUGUUGUUGUUUUUUUUACUUUACUGUAACUUAUUUAAAUAUCACAAAGUUUUAACUGAUUAAGUUUGUAUUAAAUUUGUUUACUGUUUUUCUUCUUUCAUUACAUAUGAGUCACAAAUGUCUUUAUUUUUCUUCUUUAAAAUGAAGUGGCUAUUUUUCAAUGCACGUUAUAAUAAUUGUUCCAGAAAUAACCUUUUGUUUGUGAAAGUCGAGUGUGUUAAAGUAAAAAGAACAACUAAAAACUAAACUAGCCUCUAGUGGAGUGGACAGUAACUCCUCAUUUAUACCAAUUUCUAUAAGCUAGAUUUGGUUUUAAAGACUGGUUUUCACUAAUUUUAUCACCUGUUUUUGUUAUAUUGAUGUUUAAAUUGAUUUUAUAAUAAAGUGGUGUGUUUAA